AUGUACUUGGCUCUUACAGCAACCUGCCGUGAGCACAGAGCCUUCCUCUUAGAGAGCGCGACAAGGGAAGAAGAACAAAGAGUAAACAGAGGACAGAGAGAACUUGAAGCGGAUAGAAGGAGCAAUGUAGAAGAAGAAAGACCAAGAGGGUUCGAGCGUCGGCGUCUCCCAGUGCAACAUGACGAACGACGAUGUCCCGGAGUAAGUAUAAGAUUUAUUCAUUCUUUUAUGCUUGACUUUAAAUAAAGGCCGGCUCUCGUCAGUUUCUUCGGGGGACUGAUAUUUAAUGAGGGAUCAUGGAUUUAGGAGGCUCAUGCAGUUUAACAUAAAAGGAAUUAAGGGUGUAUGAGCAAGUCUUGACCGCAAGUAGUGUUUGUAUCGAUAAGUCUUUCCUGUUUUCUCCUUUAGAAAGAUUGUAAUAAAUUAUUG